CUUAAUGGAGAUGGAUAAAACCUUUCAACAAUUAAAGACACAUCUAAUUGAUAUGGCUUAUGGUGCAAGUAGUAGUAGUUGUGAUCAAAUUUUGGCUAAAUUUGAGGAGAAUUAUACUACAGUGAAAGGUCUCUUCCUUAGGUCAAGCGGAAAACCUUUGAGAAUGCACAAGGAAGGAACGAAGAAUGACAUUCUCUCAUGCGAGAGAAGUUUGGAAGAUACGAACAAUAUGAAUGUGAAUGAACAUUAUCUUCACACUUUGUCAAAUGAAAAGUUAUGCACCGAGGACUUGAAUGAAAAGAAUGAAGAUGCAUGUGCUACAUCAAUUGAAGUGCAUAUCAUUCCAGACGAAAAUCAAAAUAUUUUACCACUUCCAAUCAAAAGGAGUAGAAGAGAUUAUGGAAAGGAACCAUUACGAGCACUAUGUGGUUAUCCUAAUCAUAUCAUGAAAACACGUACAUCAAGGGAGAGGAAACCAAGUAAAUUCAAGGUCUCCCCGUUUGUACACAAUUUAAGGAAGAUGGUAAAACGUGAAGCAUCAGAGUGAGCUUCUUGUUGACUUUGGUCAUGAACAUGGAGUUCGUGGAGAUUUUGAGUGCUUACGUCCUAGACAAAAUUUGAUGGAUGUUGUAAGUACCUACUUCAUUUAUAUCAAAUGCGUGCUAUAUUAGUUAAAUAAAUUUAUUGAAGUUAUUGUUCAACAACAGGUAAUAAAUCUAGAAGCCUCAAAGCUAAAUUAUUUUGAAAGACGAUUCAUAGGCAUACGAAGUAUAAGAUGCUAUCUUCCCACGACAUUUUCAGUAAGCUCAUAUUUCUCUUGUUGUUUACUUACAUAUUAAGUACAAUAUACUAAUGUUCGUAUUAUGUUUUCUUAUUAGCAAAUGAUUUUGUGCGGGAGUCCUCAUCAUUUUUUCGAUAGAAAAACAUCCAUCGUGAGUAAGUACAUUAGCGAAUUGGAUGAUUGCGAGAAGGUUAGUAAUUAUUUGUAAUGUUUAAUUGCAUAUAUGAAAUUUAGAGUAGAUAUUGUUUUCACCUAUAAUAUACUAUAUUUUUUGUGGCCCAACUCAUAUAUAUUGUUUUCCUACCUUUACAGCUAUUUAUUCCAAUGCAUGAUGAUUGCCCUAGUCAUUGGUAUCUGUGCGUCAUUGACUUCAAACACUUUGAUAUCCAAAUUUUGGAUUCAUUACGAUCGAAGAGUCAGGACGAGUUCCGGUUUAAGAGUGUCAAAAU